AUGACCGACACCACUGACGAGAAUCUUCCAAGGGUGAAGAGCCCGGCACACCUCGCCCAUGUGCUGCUGCGGACGACCAAAUUGGACAAGAUGAUCGACUUCUAUGUGCAGUUCUUGGGCGGCUGGGUGCCCUUCCGCGGGAAAUCGAUGGCCUUUGUUGCGUACGACGACGAACACCACCGCAUUGCCCUCGGGGCAAUGCCCAACACCACACCCAAGGACCACCUCAGCAGCGGCCUAGAGCACAUUGCCUUCACCUACAACAACCUCGACGACCUGGUGCUGGCGUACGAACAACGGAAGAAGUUGGGCAUGCACCCCAUCUGGUGUGUGAACCACGGCCCGACCACGUCCAUCUACUACCAGGAUCCCGACGGCAACCAUCUCGAGACCCAGGUCGACAACUUCGACACCGCCGACGAGGCCACUGAGUACAUGAAGUCACCAGAGUUCGCCGAGAACGCCAUCGGAUUCGACUUCGAUCCUGAAGCGCUGGCAGCUCGUGUGCACGGAGGCGAGGACCAUAAAUCUAUUAAGCGGCGGAUCGGCUCUGGUCCCCGUCCCAAUCCUCCAUAUCCGUCGCUUCACAAGUAA